AUGAGUGUAGAACAGUUGGAAGCAAAUUCAGAUUGUAGACCAGUUGAAGACAUAUCCUUGCUGUCACAUUCAAAAUCCGUGGAUGAUGUUUACAUUCCCCAAGUGUCCGAAAACUGCAAACCAAAGGUUGGACAAGAGUUUGAAUUGAUAAAUGGGGCACAUGAGUUCUACAUUAAAUAUGCAAAAGAGGCGGGGUUUAAUGUUCGUAGUAGUUCAACUAAGAAAUGUAAAGAUACGAAUGAAGUUGUCAGGAAAGAAUUUGUGUAUUUUAAGGAAGGAGUAUUUUUUAUAAAGGACGGUGAGAGAAAAAGAUGUCGAAGGAUGACAAAAGAAAAUCGUAAAGCUAAACUUGCCGUGGUUAUGUCAAAAAUGGGGAAAUUUGUCAUCACUUUUUCAGCAGCAAAUGUGCCAACUCAUCAACAAAUAAGCGUUCUUGAAUUUGAAGCUGGAGGUAUCGAGAAUAUUGGGUGUACAAAGAAGGAUAUAUAUAACCAUGAAGCUAAGGUGCGGAAUGAAUUAAGAGGACAAGAUGCAGAACUAUUAAAGGAAUAUUUCCUAACUAAGCAAGAAAAGGAUCCAUGCUUCUUUUUUAAAAUAGAUGUAAAUGAUGAUGGUAAAUUUAAGCGUUGUUUUUGGAUUGAUUUGGUGUCUAAAAGAGCUUGUGGAUGUUUUGGUGAUGUAGUUGUAUUUGAUACAACUUACAACACUAAUCAAUAUGGUAUGAUAUUUGCACCCUUGGUGAGGGUGAACAAUCAUGGUCAAACGGUGCUUUUUGCAUGUACCUUUUUAAGUGAUGAAAGAACGGAAUCAUUUGUUUGGUUGUUGGAGCUAUUAAAGGAUAGCAUGCCGACUAACAACCCAAAGAUGAUCAUUACCGAUCAAGAUCCUACAAUGACAAAGGCUAUAGCUCAGAACUUACUGAAUAAAUUUUAUAGGUAUUGUAAUUGGCACAUACUUGAGAAAUUCUCUACGUAUUAA